AGCAGUCACGAUCCAUAGCCAUACUAGUAGAGAUGCGCUCAGAGCCCUGCGCGGGCACAGGCGAUAUUGAUUGAAACGCCAAUGUUGGUGUGUGACCGCCGUGGUGGUGGAAGAAGCCCGCUAAAUUCCGUGGCUUAACGGUGUACUAGUACUGAUGUCCGUCCCGCUGAAGCAGUUGCGGCAAUUGGUCUCGAGACUUCCAGCUGGUAAAGACAUAACCUCCUAAGUAUUGAGCAGUGUGCAGUUAUGUUCGACUCGGCUGAUUAAAACCAUGUCCCUGCAGCAGGAUGGAAUAAAAGUACACACGUGCUGGACCUAUAUCACACAUCAUGAUCUGAUUCUUCCGCCAGGUGUGAGCGAGGCGUAGAAUGCUUACCUAACGUAAGGGUGAGUCUAUGUGAUCCAGACGAGCCCCGCACCGCCAGGAUACCGAGGCAUUCGAGUCCAAGCAGUUGCUGACCACUGCACUGGCAUGGCACUGUCAAACAAGUUUAACCAUACCAACAUCAAAGUCAUAUCUAGGUAUAUAAAUCCAAAAUAAUAUAUAUGCGUAGAACUAUACCUUGACGGCAAGAUCAAUCAAGCACGCAAAUCAGCUCAAUACUCUACCAGGCCUGUCUAGUACCACUUCAUUUCAACACCACGCUUUAACGCCGUCAAGAUGGGCGUACCCGACAACGACAUUGUCGUAUAUCAUUACUCGUUUUCUCCCUACGCGAGGAGAAUCUUAUGGUAUCUAGCCCUUCGGGGCAUACCAUAUGCCGAAUGUAAACAACCACCCGUCAUGCCUCGACCAGAUCUCAAGGCGUUAGGGGUCAACUACAGGCGGAUCCCUGUGGUGGCCAUUGGUCGGGACGUCUACUGUGACAGCCGCAUCUGCCUCCGCAAGCUAGAGGAGCUCUUCCCCGAGGGAGCAUUGGGUGCUACCACGGCGGACGGGAAGGCCAUACAGAAAUUCCUGGAAAUUUGGGCCAUUGAGGCUGGGCUCUUUGCGCGGGCGGCACAGCUGAUACCAACGAGCAUGCCACUCCUGAAUGACGCCAAAUUCACGCGUGACCGGGAACAAUACACGGGCCGGUCCUGGAGGAAGGAGGAUAUCGCCGCCAAUAGACCCGAAGCCGUGGCUGCGAUCAAGAAUGCUUUCAAGUUCUUGGAAACCACCUUGCUUGCAGAUGGCCGAAGCUGGGUACUCAAGACGGACAAGCCGACCCUGGCUGAUAUUGAAGCCGUUUGGAUCUUUGAUUGGUUGAACGGCUUGAAGGGAGCCCUCCCGCGGGAGCUGAUAUCUGAGAAGUCUUUCCCCAAGGUGUUUGCCUGGGUAGCAAGAUUCAAUGAGGCGCUCAAGGCCGCCAAGGCCAAAGCGCCCAAGCCGGUGACUUUGGACGGCGCUGCUGCAACACAGCGUGUCCUCGGCGCUUCCUUUGCGGAAAAGGAUCUCAGCGUCGAUGCAGCAGAUCCUCUGGGCUUACAGCGAGGGACCGAAGUCGAGAUCUUCCCCACGGAUUCAGGCUUCAGCCAUCAUGAUAAAGGACGGCUUGUUGGCCUGUCGGAUGAUGAAGUGGUCCUGAGCACACGGGCCGGCGAAACCGAGGUGCAUUUACAUUUCCCUAGGACUGGGUUUAAAAUCAAGGCUGUUGGCGGAGGGGCCACGUCGAAAUUGUGACCACUUCAAGGAGGCGCGUGUGAAUCAGCGUUAAUCCAUGUCUUCAUGCCUGUGUUCCAUCGGAGCAGUAGCUCACGUGUCCAUGAUACCGCAUCUCAUGCCUGUGCUACUGCGGGCUAGGGUGUGUUUGCACACAGCGCUCAUGGGGCAGACAUCAGCAGAUUGAAUUCCUAGAAAUCGUGCCCGAUUAAUCAAUUUUCCUGCUGUUGUUCGGCGGGGAAGUUGACUCCAUCUCUCUUUGUGACACUCUAUGGCAACAGCACCGACUAUACCUAUGAAACUCACCUGGGAACGCGUCAGCUGGAUUCGUAGGGGAGGACGGGUGUGCGGCCACCUGGCAUGCGGCAGAGAAGUGGGAGAUCCGCGGUAAGGUAAUCUGCUCUGCGGGCUGGAAUAGGGUUCUUAUUUCACUCCCCGACGUUGCAUGCUGGUAGUUAGCAAAGGAGUUGCAUAGGCUCAUGUUGUACCGAUUGGCCUUUGAGAUAAAAUUUGCCAGUGGUCAGAAUGCCGGCUUCCAAGUUCCGGGGUAGCCGUCGCUGGCAAUUUGCGAUAAGUCCAACUCGGGACAGGACCAUGCCCAACGAGCCAGCUGCAUAGGUAUUUCAGGAUAUGCAACCUCACGCCCAUCCAGUGGCGGAUCGACACAGUGGACAGCUGGAACAACUCGACAACCUGGACCUGCAUCGAUUGGUAAUGGAGGGCGCCACUUGUUGUUGCUGCCCAAAGCACGUCGAUUGGCCAGCUGUCUGACCGGUGGCUGCCUUCAAGUUUUUGAUCUCAUGCGGCUGAUGGUCGGUGGUAGUGGGUGAGUUAGCUCAGGGAGACUUGCUUUAAGUGACCGAAGUAGUCAUGAUGAGAGGGCAUCAUUGAUCUUUCAACAUCCUGGAGCCUGCAACGCUUCGCCCAUUCCCGUAUCCAGGGCCGGCGGUAGUGCCUGGGCCAGACCAUCCGAACACCCGGUCAUCUGCGCACAGCCAGCGCACCAAAUGCAGUGAAUCUUGUGGGAUACUUGGUGGAACGUCGCCUCCCUUUGUUUGGUGCCAACAAACGGUUGCAGGAGCUACUGUGGUCUCCUCACCGCGGAAGUGCCGUCUGAGAGCUUGGUAGGACGGUACUGGGUGCGACUCGAGUUGGAGGGGAGGACACCAAGCGCAGCUCUGGAGAUAGGGAAUAUGGAGGUACUGAGUACACGUUGUAACCAAAGUCUAUUAGUGUUCUGGUAAGCAUGAUGCUGGUAAGCAUGAUGCGUGUUUUUGAGCAUUUCUCUUCCCGGAAUUAAUACUGAAGGACGACGGUGUAUUGCAGAGUCCUGGCAGAAAGGGACUAACCACGAUGUUUCAAGAUCUUCUUGGGCCAUCAGAACAUCAGCUGCCUCGCUGACGGUCCUGGAUAACUUGACAUAUUGCGAC